AGUAUUGGCAAAAAUGUUUAUGCAUUUCGACUUGGCGAGCUUGGCGACUGUCAAUGAACACAGUCCCCCCCAAACCGAGUCCAUAAAAAGAGUUGGAAAUGUGCGCGACGUGUUCAGUGUGUGUUUCGGAACAAGUCGAGGCGAUACGCGCUCAACAAGGAUACAGGAGACUACACCAACACGAUCAGUCCGCAGAUAUCGAAACGAAUCAAGUGUGAACAAAGGAUACAGCCAAUCGACCAGCAUAAACUAAUUAAAAAAGUGAAAUACUCGCGUUAGAUCUCCGGCACACCGAACCGAACCACAGAACACAAAAUGCCGGAUAAGAAGAAAUCACAUCUGAAAAAUGCAUCAAACGAACAGGAUAUUGGUGACAUAGUGAUAUCGGGCCUAUCAGGUAAGCUGCCAGAGAGUAGUAAUAUAGCGGAAUUCAGGCAUAAUUUGCUGAAUGGCAUCGACAUGGUUACAAACGACCCGCGACGCUGGGAGGCAGGGAUCUAUGGGCUACCCGAGCGUAUGGCCAAAAUGAAAGACGAAGAUUUAGAAAAAUUUGACGAUAAAUUCUUCAGCGUUCAUCAAAAGCAGGCAGAGCUCAUGGAUCCUUGCAUGCGUAUGCUACUUGAGCUGACACAUGAGGCCAUCAUUGAUGCGGGCAUUAACCCAGUGGAGUUGCGUGGAAGCCGCACCGGUGUCUACAUUGGACUGUCCUUUGUAGAGACAGAACACGAGAUACCCAACAUGGAGCCGAGCAGCAUAAACGGCUAUUGCCUCACGGGAUGUGCCCGCGCUAUGUUCGCCAAUCGCAUCUCGUACACAUUCGACUUCAAGGGCCCCAGCUUUAUAGUAGAUACAGCCUGCUCCAGUUCGUUGGUGGCCCUGGCGCACGCCUACGACGAUAUGCGCUCCGGUCGUUGCGACUACGCCGUAGUGGCGGGCGUAAAUCUCAUAUUGAAACCAAUAUUUGCUCUACAGUUUCUGCGCCUGGGCAUUGUCAGUCAGGAUGGCGCAUGCAAGACAUUCGAUGCAGCUGCCAAUGGUUAUGCGCGCGCGGACACAUGUGCCGUGGUGUUACUUCAACGGAGUGAGCACGCGAAGCGUGUCUAUGCCACACUUCUCAAUGUGCGGACCAAUACUGAUGGGUUCAAGGAGCAGGGGGUAACCUUUCCCGAUGGUCGCAUGCAGCUGCAGCUGUUAAAAGAAACCUACAGUGAAAUUGGUCUUAGUCCCGAUGAGGUAGUCUAUGUGGAAGCACAUGGAAGCGGAACACCGGUGGGUGACGAUCAGGAGGCCAAUAUGCUCAGCAAUUUUUUCUGUCAUAGUAAGCGCCAGUCGCCGCUUCUUAUUGGAUCAGUAAAGUCUAACAUGGGGCAUGCGGAACCUGCGUCAGGUGUGAGUGCACUUGCCAAGAUGAUCAUCGCCAUGGAGGAGGGCGUGAUACCCAGCAACUUGCAUUACAAAACGCCGAACCCAGCUGUGCCUGCUCUAGUGCAGGGCCGUCUUAAGGUGGUUAGCCGUAACACGCCUUGGCAAGGUGGCAUUGUGGGGCUGAACUCAUUUGGUUUCGGUGGUGCAAAUGCCCAUGUUAUCCUAAAGUCGCACGGAAAACGCAAAACGCCUCGAAAAGUAAACGAUUCUGAAGGCCUUAAGCUGGUGGUGUGUUCCGGACGCACUACAGAGGCGGUGCAAAUGUUGCUAGAUGCAGCAUCGUCGCAUUGUCGGGACGACGAGUUCUUAGCCCUCAUAAACGAUAUACACUCAACAUCCAUCCCAUUGCAUCCGUACCGUGGCUACGCCGUUCUAAGCUCUUCUGGUGCCGUGAAGCAAGAAGUACUCGUAUAUGAAGAGGAGCCACGCCCAAUUUGGUUUGUGUACGCAGGGAUGGGUAGCCAAUGGGCAAGCAUGGCUCGCGAGAUGAUGGGAAUACAAGUUUUCCACAAGUCCAUUACGUAUUGUGCUGAGGUGUUGGCCAAAAUGGACUUUGAUCUCAUUUCCGUUCUUAUGAAUUCCACCGAACGCACCUUCGACAACAUGCUCUAUUCCUUUGUGUCCAUUUCAGCUGUGCAGGUGGCGUUGACAGACUUGCUUAGGACUUUAAAAAUCCAGCCAGAUGGCAUUAUUGGGCACUCGGCGGGGGAGUUGGCAGCCGCUUACAUGGAUGGGUGUUUGACGGCAGAGCAAACUGUUCUAGCUGCCUACUGGCGAGGAAAGAGCGUUCUGGAGACGCCAGGAUUACCCAAAGGAAAGAUGGCAGCGGUGGGUCUAAGUUGGGAUAAGAUCAGCGAUCACCUGCCCCCGGACUGCUACCCCGUGUGUCACAAUAGCGACGACAAUUGUACAGUGUCGGGUCCGCUGGACUCGAUGGAUGAGGCCAUAACUAGACUGGAGGCCGAAGGCGUGUUCGUGCGUGCUGUUGGAUCUGGUGGCUAUGCGUUUCACAGCAGGUAUAUUGAAGCUGCGGCGCCUAUGCUGCGUAAAAAUCUGGAGCGUCUCAUAACGAAACCCAAGCCACGUUCGGAGAGGUGGCUAAGUACCAGUGUGCCUGAGGAACAAUGGGAUACACCCGAUUGUCGCAUGGCAUCGGCUGCAUACUUUAUCAACAACCUGAUCUCCCCAGUGCUAUUUAAUGAGGCCAUAAGGCACAUACCCAAGAACGCAAUUGUAUUAGAAAUUGCUCCUCAUGGACUUUUCCGAGCUAUUCUGCGAACGCUGGGCCCACAGGUCAACUAUGUAAGUCUAAUGGAGCGUCGGCACCCGAAUAACGCCGAGUUUUUGCUGAGCAAUUUAGGAAAGCUCUAUGCUGCGGGUGCUCAGCCUCAAGUCUUAAAUCUAGAACGGCCCAUCAGCUAUCCAGUGUCGCGCGGAACCCCCAUGCUUAAUUCUAUUAUCGGAUGGGACCACACACAAAAGUGGAGCUAUCCAAAGUUCAAAGGCGGACGUCAAGCGGGUCAGUUGAGCAUUGAACUCGAUUUAACUAAGGAAGAGCAUGCAUAUCUGAGCGGGCACACUGUCGAUGGACGUAUACUUUUCCCAGCCACCGGAUACAUGACUCUGGCCUGGAUGAUGUUUGCGCAGCAACAGGGCAACGAUUUUUUGCGUACCCCCGUUAUAUUCGAGGAUGUGGUCUUCCAUCGGGCCACCAUUUUGAACACAACGGGACCAGCGGUCAAGUUAACGCUCAACUACUUCCAGGGGAAUGGAAGCUUCGAGAUAUGUGAGGGAAACAGCUUAGUAGUCUCAGGAAAACUAAAACAGGCUGAAAAUAUUUCCCAAGAAGAGCUCCAACUAAGUGCUUUACCUGGCUGUACCGGGGGUGUUAAAUUGUGCACCAAAGAUAUCUACAAGGAGUUGCGAUUGCGCGGCUACGACUACAAUGGUAUCUUCCAAGGUAUUGUCGACGCAGAUACGGCAGCUGUCAAAGGUCACUUGCAAUGGGUAGAUAAUUGGAUAAGCUUCAUGGACACUAUGCUGCAGUUUCGCAUACUCAGUAAUAAUAUUCGUGAACUAUAUGUGCCUACGGGCAUCGAGCGUGCUGUUAUCAAUCCCCAGAAACAUUUGGAGCUUGUUAGGCAACAUGCGAAGGGAAAGGAUGGCAGCUCUGUACUCCCUGUUUACUGGUAUCGUAACAUCUCAGUAGUUAAAUGUGGAGGCAUCGAAAUACAUAAGAUGAAAACGGCACAAACGCAAAGGCGUACCGGCACCCAAGCAGAACCGACCUUGGAACGCUAUAGCUUUGUGCCUCUAGUUAAUCAAUUUGGUAUACAUGAAGAUCAACAGCGUUCCAAAAGCACUGCUCUAACAGUUGCCAUGCAGCUGAUAAUAGAGAAUACUGGCGGUGCUUUGAAGCUGAAAGGCAUAGAAAUUGCUGGAGCACGUAGUCUAGACAGCCUCAAUGCAGCCAAGCUUUUGCAGUUGAUUGAGAAUGAACCCAUCCUUGUAGGUGACGUUGCGGUUGCCACCAACAGCGGGAAUGAAGCAGAGCUUGGUGCAUUCCUGGCAGAAAAGGGGGUUCGUAUCGUAGCGAACGAUAUAGCCAACGCUGCUGUGGAGCAGAACUGCCACUUUUUGCACUCCGUUGAUCUGCUCAGCCGCCAAAGGGACCCUGAAAAAUGCCUGGAAAACAGCAUUGCCACAAUAAAGCCAGAUGGCGGCUUUCUUCUACUCGAGGAGAGUGCCAGCUUCUAUAAUUCUACAGGGUUGAAUCUAAUUCGAAAAAAGGGGCUUAUAGCCGUGCUGGAGCAAAGCUAUGGCAGUGAUCGUGUUCUCGUAUUAGCUCGAAAGGCGCAAAACAGUAAAGACCGACAGGCCACAAUUGUCAACAUUGCCAGCGCUAACUUUAAAUGGGUCACAGAGUUGAAGAGUGCAUUGGUCAAGGCGCUCGCCGAUCAACGGAUCGUCUAUAUUAUCUCUCAGGGUGAGCCGAACUCAGGAGCCUUGGGCCUCAUGAAUUGCCUGCGCCGUGAGCCAGGCGGUAACCUCUUGCGUCUUUACCACCUUCAAGACGAAGGAUUGCCCAGCUUUUCAGUCAACUCCGAGUUCUACAAAGAGCAGCUCUCCAAGGAUUUGACAUUCAAUGUCUUUAAAAAUGGGCAAUGGGGCACUUAUCGACACCUACCACUCGAUCCACAACAAGUGCUGUUGCCCGUUAAGCAAGCCUAUGUGAAUACACUGGUCAAAGGAGAUCUUUCCUCACUUAAAUGGAUAGAGAGCCCAUGUACGUCCGUAGACAGCUCGAAAUACGAAGCUUGCACGGUUUACUAUGCUCCUCUUAACUUUCGCGAUGUGAUGCUGGCAUCUGGCAAGCUGGGCGUGGACGCAUUACCUGGUGACUUGGCCUAUCAGGAUUGUGUGCUGGGUCUGGAGUUUGCCGGUCGUGACUCAAAAGGACGUAGAAUAAUGGCCAUGGUUCCGGCCAAGUCUUUGGCCACCGAUUGCUUUGCCAAUAAAUGCUUAAUGUGGGGCAUACCAGAUAGCUGGAGCAUGGAGCAGGCCGCAACAGUCCCUUGUGUCUAUGCCACAGUUUACUAUGCUCUUGUUGUGCGCGGCCAGAUGAAAAAGGGCGAACGUAUUCUUAUUCACGCUGGCUCUGGCGGCGUGGGGCAAGCAGCCAUCUCGGUAGCCUUGCAUCACGGUCUAACCGUCUUCACAACCGUAGGUAGCCAGGAAAAGCGUGAAUUUCUGCUGAAGCGCUUCCCCAAGUUGCAGGCGCGCAACAUUGGCAACUCACGUGACACAUCCUUCGAGCAGUUGAUUCUCAACGAGACGAAUGGUGAAGGUGUGGAGCUGGUCCUGAACUCAUUAGCCGAGGAGAAACUGCAAGCUUCUGUUCGCUGUCUCGGCAUCAACGGUCGCUUUCUUGAGAUUGGAAAGUUUGAUUUAAGCAACAACAAUCCGCUUGGAAUGUCGGUCUUCUUAAAAAAUACUUCUUUUCACGGUAUCCUGCUCGACAGCGUAAUGGAGGGCGAAGAAAAUAUACAAAAACAAGUUGCUACUCUGGUGGCUGACGGCAUCAAGCACGGUGCUGUAGUACCAUUGCCCACAACUGUGUACUCGGAUCAUGAGAUAGAAAAGGCCUUUCGCUUUAUGGCCUCUGGAAAACAUAUAGGCAAAGUGGUCAUCAAGGUUCGCAACGAAGAGCAACAGGACGCGCUGCCCAAAACACGUUUAAUCAAUGCCAUACCGCGCACGUACAUGCAUCCAGAAAAGAGCUACAUACUAGUCGGAGGUCUCGGUGGCUUUGGUUUGGAGCUGGCCAACUGGCUAGUCUCGCGUGGUGCUCGCUAUUUAGUACUUACCUCUCGUUCGGGUGUCCAUACCGGUUACCAAGCUCUUAUGAUUCGUCGUUGGCAGGAGCGUGGCGUAAAGGUGGUCGUUGACACUAAUGACGUGACGACGGCAACGGGAGCCAAGAAGCUGUUGGAAACCAGCAAUAAAUUGGCAUUGGUGGGCGGCAUUUUCAACCUGGCUGCUGUACUGCGGGACGCACUCUUCGAAAAGCAAACUCCUGCGGAUUUCGAGCUGGUUACGGCAUCGAAACAGCGCGCUACCCAACACCUUGACCAAUGCUCACGAAGCAUGUGCACGGCACUAGACUACUUCGUUUGUUUUUCUUCUUUAUCCUGUGGUCGCGGUAACGCUGGACAAACUAACUAUGGUCUGGCCAAUUCCGCCAUGGAACGCAUAUGCGAGCAGCGACAAGCCGAAGGCUAUCCUGGCACGGCCAUACAGUGGGGCGCUAUUGGUGACACAGGCCUUAUUAUUGAGCACAUGGGCAAUAACGACACUGUAGUCGGCGGCACACUACCUCAGCGCAUGCGUUCAUGCCUCGAAACUAUAGAUUUUUUCCUGCAACAGCCACAUCCGGUGUUGGCCUCCAUGGUCGUGGCCGAAAAACGGAAGACUGAGCAAUCCAAUCGUCUUAGUCUGAUUGCAACCAUUGCAAAUAUUAUGGGCUUGCGUGAUGUGAAAACCAUUCAGGAUAAAACCACUCUCUUCGACUUGGGCAUGGACUCCUUAAUGAGUACGGAGAUUAAACAGACGCUGGAGCGACACUUUGAUCUAGUUCUUUCUGCCCAGGAGAUUCGCCAGCUCACUUUUAGUGCCCUUAAGCAAAUUGACGCACAGGAGCCGGCAACACUGGCAACCGAGCCCACUGCCCCCGCCAAACAGCAUGCUGGACAAACGGCCAUCGCCCAAACUGAUGAAACCCGUAAGGUAUUCGCCAAGGAAGUAUUACCACAGCAGGUGCUCGUUCGACUGCAGACCAAGGCAACAAAAUCAAGCAGCGAGCCAGCUGUAUUUUUCCUAGCACCCAUCGAAGGGUUCACAAUAGCCGUGGAAACAUUGGCAGCCUCCCUCGCUUGUCCCGCCUAUGGGCUGCAGUGCACUGAUCAAGUGCCUCUGGACACAAUAGACGCCUGUGUUUCCUAUUAUCUAAGUCAGAUUCAAAAGCUGCAGCCACGAGGUCCCUACAACAUUGUCGGCUACUCCUACGGAUGUUUAUUGGCUCAUGCCAUAGGCGUGGCCUUGGAACAGCGUCGGUAUGGUGUCAAGGUUAUAAUGCUGGAUGGUGCUCCAACUAUGGCAAGUGGAUAUGUCCAGGAGGCGAAGAAGCAAACAGACGACCUCAACAAACAGCAAUCUAUGACGUUAGCCUACUUUGGAGCGCUACUGGCCGAUGUGGACUACAAUCAGUUGUUGCAAACGCUGGACGGUGUGGAUAACUGGACGUCUAAGCUUGACAAACUCGCGGAUACUUUAGCUUCGCACACACAACAAACCAAAGAAGUGAUCAAAAAAGCUGCAUGCAUGUUUAAGCAAAAGCUGUUGCUCUCCGAAAGCUACAAGGGUGCGAAGCAGCUGCGGAGUGAUGUCGUUCUCAUUAAAUCGGCCGAGCAUAAUGCCAUUAUGGCGCAGGACUAUGGCCUAAAGGAGAUCUGUAGCGCACAAAUCGAUAUGCAUGUAGUGGCGGGUACACAUCGCACAUUCCUUAAAGAGGCUCAAACAUUACAGAUAAUUGAGCGGGUGCUGUAUAAGCGACUUUAGUAGUCUCAUCUUAACAUACCUUAACAUAGAGUAAUCUUUAAUAAAUUAGCUUUAAAUUGUACUUAUGUAUAUAUGUAUGUAUGUAUGUUUGUAUGCAUGCAUACACGUUAGUUUUUUGUUUGUUUUCCUUUUCAUGCGCGUGCCCGUGCCUCGCGGAUUCUACGAUAAUUUAUAACCUCUAUGAACUGUUCAAUUUCAAAGUGCGUUCUGUACAGUGCUCAUAAGUGAUAACUUCUGCACUUCCACUUCAUAAUAAACAUUUAUCAACGAACUGA